AUGCACUCCUCUGAUGAAGUGACAGAUCAUCACGAAACGCGUAAGGCUGCAUCUUACCGAUACACCGACACAGAUUGGAAGGCAAAGUGGAAUGCACGCGAUAGUGAAAAAUGUAUAAAAUGCCCUGAUACUGAAUGGCCCAAUACGAAGAAGAAUCAGUGUUUUCCAAAACUGGAGGAAUUUCUAUCUUACAGCAAUGAUGUACUUUCUGUAAUCUUUUUGUCGAUAUCAUUACUUUGUAUUGUCAUAACUGUAGUUACAUUAGUUAUUUUUAUUUUCUAUCAAGACACACCUAUUGUAAAAGCCAAUAACAAGAACCUCAGCUUCAUCCUCCUGACCUCCAUCUUACUGAGCUUCCUCUGUGUGUUCUUGUUCCUCGGUCGCCCGGUGGAUAUAACCUGCAUUCUGCGUCAGACCUCUUUUGGAAUCAUCUUCUCGAUAGCUGUAUCCUGUAUUUUAACCAAGACAAUCAUGGUUUUCAUUGCUUUCAGUGCCACCAAACCUGGAAGCUCCUGGAACAGAUGUAUUGGUGUUAAACAGUCUAACCUGCUUGUAGCAAUGUUUUCAUCCAUCCAAGUUUUAAUUAAUAUAAUAUGGUUAGCGAUAUCUCCGCCCUUUCAGGAACUGGACUCCCAUUCUUAUCCAGGCAAGAUCAUCAUUCAGUGUAAUGAAGGUUCCGUUAUUGCCUUCUACUCUGUGCUGGGUUAUAUGGGCCUUCUGGCAGCUGUUAGUUUUAUUGUAGCAUUUUUGGCCAGGACAUUACCGGACAGUUUUAAUGAGGCCAAGUACAUCACCUUCAGCAUGCUGGUGUUCUGCAGUGUUUGGAUUGCAAUGAUCCCGGCCUAUCUGAGCACCAAAGGGAAGUACAUGGUGGCUGUAGAGAUUUUUGCCAUUUUGAUUUCAAGUGCUGGACUUCUAGGUUGCAUAUUUUUCCCAAAACUAUACAUAAUAUUAUGUAAACCUGAAAUGAAUGCAAAAAUAUGCUUGUUCAAUAAAUGA